AUGGCAGCAAUGAUGAUCGUUGACUUUCAAAACUACUUCAUUUUCAUCCUUCUAUGCAUCUUCUCAGUCCUCUGUUACCAUCUCUUCUUCAUGAAACAAAAGGAGUCAAAACUUAGCUUUGAUCUGCCUCCAAGCCCUCCUUCACUACCAAUCAUUGGCCACCUUCACAUCAUCCUCUCUCUUCUAAUCCACAAAUCUUUACAGAAACUCUCAUCUAAGUAUGGACCUCUCCUCCAUCUUCGCAUCUUCAGCUUCCCUAUAGUCCUAGUCUCCUCUGCUUCAGUGGCUGAAGAGAUCUUCAAAGCGCAAGACGUGAAUGUGUCCUCUCGUAGCCUCCCUACUAGCGAGGGGUCCCUCUACUUUGGAUCUUCAAGCUUCAUCACCGCACCUCAUGGAGAUUACUGGAAGUUCAUGAAGAAGCUCAUCACCACUAAGCUCCUCGGACCACAUCCACUUGAGAGGUCACGAGGUAUACGUGCUGAUGAGGUGAAGCUGUUUUACUCAAACUUGUUAGAUAAGGCAAUGAAGAAGGAGAGAGUUAAUAUUGGUGAAGAAGCAAUGAAGUUGACUAACAACAGCAUGUGCAAGAUACUCAUGGGAAAGGUUUGUGUAGAGGAUGCGGAGAGAGUUAGAGGCUUAGUGGCUAAAACAGACUCCUUAACAAAGAAAAUUUUCUUGGCGUCUAUCUUGCGCAGACCGCUUGAGAAGUUUGGGAUCUCACUUUUCAAAAAGGAGUUGAUGGGUGUUUCCAACAGGUUUGAUGAGGUGCUUGAGAGGUGCCUUGUGGAACACGAAAAGAAACAGGAGGAGAAAGGUGUGGAUGUGAUGGAUGUGUUGAUAGAAGCAUAUAGAGACGAAAACGCAGAAUUUAAGAUUACUAGGAACCAUAUCAAAGCUUUGUUAGUGGAUCUUUUCAUUGCAGGGAGUGAAACUACGUCCAACAUUAUAGAGUGGACCAUGGCUGAGCUCAUAAACAACCCUAAGAUUCUUGAGAAACUGAGAGGAGAGAUAGAUUUGGUUGUAGGGAAAACAAGGUUGUUUCAAGAAACUGAUCUACCAAACCUUCCUUAUUUACAAGCAGUUUUGAAGGAAGUAAUGAGAUUCCACCCACCGGUGCCUCUUGUGGUAAGAACAUUCCAAGAAGGGUGUGAGGUUAAUGGGUUCUACAUACCGGAGAAGACAACACUUGUUGUGAAUGGUUAUGCUAUAAUGAGAGAUCCUGAUGUUUGGGAAUAUUCUGAGGAGUUUAAGCCAGAGAGGUUCUUGGCAUCUUCACAAGAAGAGGACAAGAUUAGAGAGACAGUGUUGAAGUAUAUUCCUUUUGGAAGUGGAAGAAGAGGUUGUCCUGGAUCAAAUCUAGCUCAUCUUUUUAUAGGAACAGCUGUUGGAGUAAUGGUACAGUGUUUUGAUUGGAGAAUCGAAGAGGAGAGAGUAAACAUGGAUGAAGCUGCUGGUGCAGUUUCGCUGAGCAUGGCUCAUCGAGUUCACGCCACUCCUGUUACCCGAAACCGAGACCUUUUAACUUAACUUGUAGACUUGCUUUCUCUUGUUUCUUUUCAAUUCAUUGACUGAGCAUGUUUCCCAAUUUUGUUAUUUACCAUUGGUUUUGUUAGCCUUGGAUAAAUAA